AUGAAAUACACAAAUAUUACAACUGUAACAGACUUCAAAAUAAUUGGAUUCCCUGGACUGCCACCAGAGUACUAUGGACUGGUGUCUUUUAUUCUCUUUGUUGUUUUUCUUGCUAUUUUGUUGGGGAAUCUUUUUAUUAUAGUUGUUAUCAUAAGUGAGAGGACUCUCCACAAAUCGACAUAUUUGAUCUUUUUUCACCUUGCAAUGUCAGACAUCCUUUUUGGCACGGUAACUCUCCCAAAGAUCAUUGCCAGAUAUUGGUGGAACGAUAUGCUUUCUUCAUUUAGAGCAUGUUUCACACAGAUGUAUUUUAUCCAUUCUUUGGGAGCCAUCCACUCUCUGAUUUUUCUGAUGAUGGCAUUGGACCGCUUUGUUGCCAUAUGGUUUCCAUUCAAAUAUCCCACUUUAUUCACAAACACAGUCAUUUCUGUUGCUUGUAGCUUGUGUUGGGUUUUUACGUUUAUACGAAUGAUGGGGAUAGUGCUUCAUGCAUCAACUCUGCCUUACUGUGACCGGAACACUGUCAUGCAGUGCUUCUGUGAUCUUGUAUCUGUUACUGAUCUGGGAUGUGGGAGUGAUGUUGCGUAUGUGAAAUGGGUUGCGUUUGCAAAUGCUAUGAUCACUCUUUUAGUUCCCUUAACUUUUAUUAUUGUUUCCUAUUUUUCUAUCAUCAUAGCUGUCCUGAAAAUGUCUCUCAAAGAUAGGCACAACAAGGUGCUGUCCACCUGUGGUCCUCAGCUCUUUGUAACCUGCCUUUACUAUUUGCCCCGAUGUUUUAUUUAUAUUACUAACAAUUUGGGAUUUAAAUUUAGCCUUGAUGCUGGUGUAAUCAUAACGAUGCUGUACAGCCUCAUACCUGCUACAGUUAAUCCAGUCAUAUAUUGUUUCAAGACCAUGGAAAUAAAACAGGCUUUGAUGCGAAGAUUCAUGAAUAGGAAAAUAAGUACUGUAUUAAAAAGUGACUGUAAGCAAAAUAUCAGUUAGAACAAUACAU